GGCAGCGGGAUCGGCUCACGGCCACGGAUCCCGGUGAAGCGGGGCGGGAGCCGGAGCCGGAGCCAGAGCCGGAACCGGAGCCGGGCGGAGCCAGAGGCGCAGUUCGGCGCGGGCCGAUCGGUCCAGGAAACCCGCGGUGUGGCCCUAGGCCCGGUGCCCGCCUGCCCGCCCCUCACCAUCACAGGCAGCGCGACCAUGGCCACGAUGGUGCUUCCGCGGGAGGAGAAGCUGAGCCAGGAUGAGAUCGUUUUGGGCACCAAGGCCGUCAUCCAGGGAUUAGAGACCCUACGUGGGGAGCAUCGUGCUUUGCUCGCUCCCCUGGCCUCUCAUGAGGCCAGCGAGGCCGAGCCAGGCUCUCAGGAACGCUGCCUCCUCCUUCGCCGCUCCUUGGAGGCCAUAGAGCUGGGGCUGGGGGAGGCCCAGGUGAUCCUGGCAUUAUCCAGCCACCUGGGUGCCGUGGAAUCAGAAAAGCAGAAGCUUCGGGCUCAAGUGCGACGGCUGGUGCAGGAGAACCAGUGGCUGCGUGAGGAGCUGGCAGGGACGCAGCAGAAACUGCAGCGCAGUGAGCAGGCAGUGGCUCAGCUGGAGGAGGAAAAGCAACACCUGCUAUUCAUGAGCCAGAUUCGAAAGCUGGACGAGGACACCUCCCCCAAUGAGGAGAAGGGGGAUGUUCCCAAAGACUCUCUGGAUGACUUGUUCCCCAACGAGGAUGAGCAGAGCCCAGCCCCUAGCCCUGGAGGAGGGGAUGUGGCUGCUCAGCAUGGAGGCUAUGAAAUACCAGCACGGCUCCGUACCCUGCACAACCUGGUGAUCCAAUACGCUGCUCAGGGCCGCUAUGAGGUGGCUGUGCCACUCUGCAAGCAGGCGUUGGAGGACUUGGAGAAGACAUCAGGCCAUGACCACCCCGAUGUGGCCACCAUGCUCAACAUCCUAGCACUGGUCUAUAGGGACCAGAACAAGUACAAGGAGGCUGCCCACCUGCUCAAUGAUGCCCUGGCCAUUAGGGAGAAGACACUGGGGAAGGACCACCCAGCUGUGGCUGCAACACUGAACAACCUGGCCGUUCUGUAUGGCAAGCGGGGCAAGUACAAAGAGGCUGAGCCACUGUGCAAGCGGGCCCUGGAGAUCCGGGAAAAGGUCCUGGGUAAGUUUCACCCAGAUGUAGCCAAGCAGCUCAGCAAUCUGGCCUUGCUGUGCCAGAACCAGGGCAAAGCAGAGGAGGUGGAAUACUACUACCGGAGGGCGCUGGAGAUCUAUGCUACCCGCCUUGGGCCUGAUGACCCCAAUGUGGCCAAGACCAAGAACAACCUGGCUUCCUGUUACCUGAAACAGGGCAAAUACCAGGAUGCAGAGACUCUAUACAAGGAGAUCCUCACCCGUGCUCACGAGAAGGAGUUUGGCUCUGUCAAUGGGGACAAUAAGCCCAUCUGGAUGCAUGCUGAGGAACGGGAGGAGAGCAAGGAUAAACGUCGGGACAGCGCCCCCUAUGGGGAGUAUGGCAGCUGGUACAAAGCCUGUAAGGUUGACAGCCCCACGGUCAACACUACCCUGCGCAGCUUGGGGGCCCUGUACCGGCGCCAGGGCAAGCUGGAAGCUGCGCACACCCUGGAGGACUGUGCCAGCCGCAGCCGCAAGCAGGGCCUGGACCCUGCAAGCCAGACUAAAGUGGUAGAACUGCUGAAAGAUGGCAGUGGUGGGCGGGGAGACCGCCGUGGCAGCAGAGAUGUGGCUGGAAGUGCUGGGCCUCGGUCUGAGUCUGACCUCGAAGAGACUGGGCCUACAGCUGAGUGGAGUGGGGAUGGCAGCGGCUCAUUGCGGCGCAGUGGUUCUUUUGGGAAGCUCCGGGAUGCUCUGAGGCGCAGCAGUGAGAUGCUGGUGAAGAAGCUGCAAGGGGGUGGCCCCCAGGAGACCCCUAAUCCCAGAAUGAAGCGGGCCAGUUCCCUCAACUUCCUCAACAAGAGCGUGGAAGAGCCAGUCCAGCCUGGAGGUACAGGUCUCUCUGACAGCCGCACCCUCAGCUCCAGCUCCAUGGACCUCUCCCGACGAAGCUCCCUGGUGGGCUAAUCCUGAAGGGGGAGCCAGUCAUCAGAGCCUCCACCGGGCAUAGCCCCUACCCCCUGCCCUGCGCAUGGGCCUGCUGCUUGUCCUGCCUGUCUCUCCCAAGAACCCCCGUCUUUUCUGUUCAAUCUCAGGGUAACCUCUCCCCUUGUCAUCUCAGCCUGAGCCCUGGAGGCCGGGCCUGCCAGCUCCAGCUCUACCCUUAUUUAUUCCUUCCAGCAGGGGCCCCUCUUCCCUAGGAUACAGGCCAGAGGGAAGGGCUGGCUGGAGUCUCCAAAAUAACUCGGUGUCCUGCCCUCCCCAGAUCCUGGACUGGAGAACACUAAGCACCUGCCCAACCUUCAGCACUCUUGCCCUCCAUCCCGAUCCCUGCCCCCACCGGCCGUUGCUUCUGUAUAUAGAGAAAUAAGUUAUUGGCCGCGCCCCACCCCUCAGUCCACUGUACUCCCUGGGCUUCCCUUCGCCCGCCCGCCCUUCUCCAGUGGUACCGCCCAGGCCUUAAUCACCUCCAUUCCGUGCGGUGGUAUCUCCCAAGCUGCGUGUUCUUAGGGGCGUCGCCUCCGCAUAGGGUUGUCUGGACUUCCUCGCGCUUCUGGGCUCCGAGGGAUGCGUCCCAUCGCGCCUUGCCAGGUGCCCCAGAACUGAGGGUCUGAGUCGGAGCCCAUCCUCCAUCCGCCGGGCCCUGCCCCUCAUCCCGGCCUUAUGCACUGCCCCUCCUGCCAGGCCCAGACCAGGCACCGCCCGUUGAGCCAUCCUGCCACGCCUCCUCCCGCGCCUGCAGCUUCUCGGGAGGGCCGGUGACAGCCCCUGGUGGCAGGAGGGACUUCCCCAGUUGAGGGAUGAGGUGGUCGCUAUUUUCAGAUGUUGCUGUAGAAAUAAAGACGGUUUGAAUCUGUA